GCGGCGAAGUUCACCUCGACGGAUUCAUUUUCUGACGCGUUCUGGUUAUUAGUGUGAGCUAAAGUGAAUUGCACCGGUACAAAAGUUAUAAUCAAGUCGCUCCUCUAUUGUCUGGUGGUUUUGUUCUCGUGAAGAAGGUGUGAAGUAUACGUGAGUGGACUCAAGAACAGACAAAAUGCCCGUCAGUUGUUUUGUUUGAGUUUCAUCUCCUUUUCAUACACUCUAUAUCAUUGGUCAGACACUCUUUAAGGGUUUGAAUAGCUGCUAACUUGAAAAGAAGGAGUCUUCUGUGUAAAAGAACAAAGGGCUUCUAAUUCCUUGGUUUACUUUGAAGUUAAUGCAAAAAUGACAGAGGCCUUGAGCGAGCUUGGCUGCAUUUGAAGUAGUCUUUAAACUAAGCGGGGUUUGCAAAUUCAGUCACACAGGAGAACGAAACUGUUCUCAACAAUGGUAUAUUUGAUGUAACAGUUGUGGUCUUUAUGAGAGAACUGUUCCACGGGAUAUGUCAUCUAACCCUCAAAUAAACUCUGGAUUACUGGAUUUUCAUCGGUUCUUCACUAUUGAGCAAUAUCGAACUUCGAGACCUUUCUCUCGACGCUAAACUCAGAAUGGAUCUAAAUUUUAACAUUUGCCAGCCAGACACCAAUGAGAAAAAGCACUCUACCGAUGACCUUGGAAUCAAAUCAACCCAUGUCAUAAACCUGGGAGAAAAUGCUCACGCUAUCGGAACACAGAACGGAAAAAAGGAAUUCGGAAGCUCGGAACAUGUCUGUCUGCCCACAGUUUUUGAGGGUAAAAUUACUCAUGAAAGGAAAGUACUUCAAAAAGAGAAGUUAACAAAUAUGGUCUCCCUGCGGAGGUCUGGGUCAAAUCAUGACGUCAGACGCAGCGAUCCUCGGGCACUAUCCCCAUGCUUCCCGAGAUAUUCAUCCCAGGAGAGCCUGGAUGAUAACAUUCCAAAAUCGCCCAUUGUAGGACGUACGUUUCAGCGCAAAAUCUCUAACCCACUCCCCACGGAUUCAAAGAAGAAGUUGCACUUGAGAAUUAGGGGAAGAGCUCUUUCGGAUUCUCCCGCGGAAGCCCUUAUUAGUCCUGUUGUCCCGCGCAAACAUCUAAACCCUGAAAACGACUUUAAUUAUUGGCAAGUACAAGGAGGUUUAUCGCGCGUCAAGUCUUGUCCUGUAAUCAAAUCUGAAUCAAAUGAGCGACUCAGCGAUCUUUCACUUUUACUGACAAGUAAGUCGUCUUCGGCUGUACACUCGACUUUUAAAGCCGCUGACCUUGACAGAUUACCACAGAUUCAUCAAGAGGAUAGUCCAAUGUUGGUGCGCACGCGUAAAACAUCCAACGAAAGACCGAGAGAGCUGUUUAAUGUGAGUCCCAUUAUGGGUCAGUCUGGUAAUUUCUUAAGCAAACCCAACAUAGCUAACGAUAAUCAGUGUGAUUUUACUGAUAAAGUAGAAUACUAUCUGUAUAGUAUGUCUUUUGACGAUGAUAAAGACUCGAUAUCUGGUUUAAGCGACAGUUGAUUGUAAUUCACGCCGUGCCAUCCUGAGUGUUUGAUGUGGUAGUUCAAGGCGAUGUAGGUGUUGCACCUUACCAUGAGGACAAGAGCGUGUUCUACAGAUGAUUAACUUCACGCGCCUAAAAUCUGAAGUGUGCCAAAGGUUUCAUUGUACGAUAAACUACAAUGAACUGCUUUGCUUCACUAAAUUCAACCCUCCAUUACUAUAUAUUCGGGACAUUCGUCAUGACCUAUGCUCACAUUCUCCGCAUCUUUUGCUUUGAGCAGCUCAAAUGAUUAUCUUCUUUUUUCCUUUCCGGUUUGAUUGGGAAUAAAUAAAAAUAGAUGGAGACUUGGCUUAAAUCCACUGGAAACAUGCCACAAAUGGUAACCAAGAUCACGCAAGAAUGUUUGAUUAAAUUGUUUUCAAAGUUUGUUUUUAACGUUUAAAUCAAACAUUGAGACAAUUCUGUCAAUUCUAUUAGCUGCUUGCAAAUAAAUCCUAAUAAAUCGCCUCACGCUAUUGGAUAUGACUGCUCCUUUUAAAUAAUUGUAUAGCUGUUUUUCACUUAAGCAUUUUGCAACCUC